AACCUUGCUCCGUCAGAGACGUUCGCUUCUUUUGGAAGAGAGAUCGGAAAGAACUUGCAAGCAAAAUAUUAUUUUUUUGUACCUUUUUUUUGUUUGAAAAACAACACCCUUUCCUGACCAAUGUCCCGAAGAGCUUUGCAGCCCCUUCGAACUGUAGUGCUGAAAACCAAGAUGAAUUAUCUCUUCCAUACACUUGUUCUACUGACUGCUGCUGAAAUGACCCGAGCAGGUCCUGUUAAAGUGAAGUGCAAAGAGGAGCAAAUCACGGCCAAGGCUGGGGAAGAUGACAUCAUCCAGUGCCGGUUUUAUUCCAGAAACAAGGCUGGCAGCGUGGCUUUCGUUUGGAAGAAGGAGGAUGCUGCAGGGAUUAUCUACAAUUACACAAUGAGGCACAGCAGCCUGGAGGAGCAGGAGCCCAGCUACCGUGACAGAGUCGAGGUCUUUGACAAUGAGAUUCCAAAAGGGAAUGUGUCUCUGAGAUUGAGGAACAUUACUCUCUCUGACUCUGGUAUCUACAAACUCUCCGUUGCCACCCGUUCCCAAAGCACUGAGAUGCAAGUCUUGCUCAGUAUAAGAGCUCUUGGCACGCAGCCUGUCAUUCAUUCACCUUCCGAUGACCUGGGUCUAUUGGUGCUGGUCUGCGAGUCCUCAGGGUGGUACCCGGCUCCUAGCGUGAUCUGGGAAAAUGGACUAGGCGAGAAUCUGACCAGCUACUCGCACACACAGCUAACUAACUGCACAGGUGGCAGUGUCUGUGUGAAGAGCACGCUAGAAAUGGAUAACUGGCCCACUGGCAACUACACAUGCACGAUGUGGGACCAGGAGCUGGAUGAGGGAUUGUCGUCUACUUUCACGCUGAUUCACAGGGUAUCAUUGGGUACAGUCAUCGGUGCGACUGGUGCGAGUGUUUGUGCUUUCGUACUGAUUGUCGCUGUCUGUUGGAGUUGGUGGUAACAAGAAAGCGAUAUGAUUUGGGAUUUUACGGUUCCCCCUGUGUAACUAUCACUGAAGACUCUGUUGGUUUAAAGGUGUGAACACAAGAUGAGCUGGAGAGGGUGAAAAGGACAUUGUUUCCACCCUGUAUGCGAUGAGGAUGCUGCCGCCUCUUUCCUAUUAGAAGACACCAGUGCCAACUGAGUUCCAGUGUUCAACCUUCGAGUGCAGGCGUUACAGUGUUCUGCUCCGCACAGGCUGUCAUGCAGUCAGAAAGGAACAAAAUGACUGGUGCUAUUUUAAUGGGUUUGUUUUUUUUGCACUUUACAGUGUGGUCCUUGCGCUGUGUAAGAGUUCAAUGAUGUAUUGCUGCAAAAGGAAAAAAAAAAACUGACUUUUACAAUCAGGGAUUUUGCAGGUUGAGCAUAUAAUUUAACCGGUCAAUUCUCACUUUCUAUCUAGCAUGUUGUAUAGCAAUCGCUUUACUAUUUUCCUUUUAAACAACAUUGUUAAGUACACUGAUGAAAGUCUGUUUUAUAGCAUUGAGUUUCCCAGUUCCAAGGGGCCAUGAAUGGAUUUCACCGGGUUCCAGUCAAAUUACUUCUUACCCUGAGGAAUGUUAAACUUGUACAUUGACAAAUCCUUGCAACUAAUCCAGGCAAAUCCAUUAAGGUGUUGCUGUUUUGUUCAAGUCUGUAUCACGGAGAUGGGCAGGUCCCAUGAUGCCAGCUGGAAAACACUUGUGGGGUGAUCAUUUUCUCCCUGCAAUUGUUACACUUUCCAUCAAUACCACGUCAGUCCCGUCCACACAGUUUUUGGAGUUUAAUUGUCAGGCAGCCCGUUAUUUUUCCUGGUGGAUCUGCCUCACCUUUUUUUGCUUGUGACCAUUUGCGAGUGAGAAUUCUUGUGAAAUUUCUUCAUACGGGUAUAAUCUGGCUCCAAAUUCACAGAUUGUUAUACGAGCUGCAUGCACCACUACAUCAUGUUGCGAUGAGCUUAAUUGUUUGGUGAUUUCAGCACAGGAGGAGGCCAUUUAUCUCAUUCUGUUUGCAGUCAGUUUUGUAGCCUGUUGUAAAACUAAUCCAACUGCUCUCCUCUCUAUUCCCAUACCCCUGUACCUUACUUUGCAUCUAAUGUUUACCCAGUUUUUUUAUACAAAGGAAGCACCAGCCAUUCCCAACGACAUUGCACCAAUUCUGAAACAACUAACUUGUCCGACCAUCUGUGAUUGAUUUAAUUAAUCACUGGCUCUUCAACAAUGGAAACUCUGUUUCCCCAAUUCCCUUAUUGAAGUAAUUUAUGGAUAAUCUGUUCACGCUUCAUUGAAAGCAGUCCCUGUAUAAGAACAAGAAAAGGCCAUUUAUCCCCUUGACAGUUUUAGUUAAUCUGUAAUGAUGAAAACAGGUUGCAUAGUUUAGAUUUUGUAUUUCCUUGAGUUUAAAGAUUAAAUUGUGAUUCUGAUUGGCUAUUUAAGAUUAUUAAAAGUUAUAUGGCAUAGAGAGAUCCUGUUUCCACCUACGGAGAGGUCCGAAACAAAAUACCACAAACUUGUGUUUAGAGUUAAGUUGUUGAAGGCUGAUUGUGGGAAGCACAUCUUUGCAUGCAAAUUGUUGGAAACCUGGAGCAUAUUUGCUAAACAACGAUGCUCUGAGUCAACUCAGAAUUUCAGGUCUGUUGUUAUGGUUUAUGAAAACAAGGCAGACAGCUGGCAUUGAGAUACAGAUCAUUAACUCAUCUGAAUGGGAACCAGAAAAUUGUGUAAUAUUUUAAAACAAGUGAAAAAUGUGUAUCUGACGUCUCUCCUUACAGCAAUGGUUUCUAGUAAAUGACACUCCCCACCACUUUAAUAAUCUACAAUGAUAUCCCCAAGACCAAAGACUGAGCUUGGACUGGGACUCAUCAAAUUUCUCACUAGGUUAAGGAAAUUCAAUAUUAAUUCUUGAGAUGUGGGUUUGACUGGCAGGGCAAAUAGGUAUUGCCAUUCCCAGUUAGCUCAAAGGUGGUGAUGGUGGAGUAUUCAGGCAGUUUAGAACAACAGACCAGUUGGCUAACCCAGUUGGACGGCAGUUUGAGUCAACUGCAGACAGGCGGAUUGUGAAAGGAUUCCAGGUUUUCUUCCUUAAAGUGCACAUAAAUUUAUCAGUUUUUCUGACAGUUUAAAGCUUCAGCUUCGCUUCUACUGAUAUCCCCUUUUUUUAUUUAUGGAUUUAGUUUGGAAAUAAAAUCAUCUUUCCAUGUUAGGAUUUCAACCUGGGUUUUCCGCUCAGUAGCCCAAUACCUAACCACGACACUAAUACUCCACACUGCUAAUUUUAAAACCCCAGUUUUUGUUGCCUCCCAUUCUGCCUUAUCUACCAGCCCUAUCACUCAGCACCUUAUGCAUUUUUACAAUGGCAUCUUUGUGCCACACUUACAGUUGUUAUAUUAUUCCUUCUCAUUCUGUACUCAGACUACACAAAGGUAUAUUCCCUCAUGCUUCUGUACUUCUGUAUAUGUCUUCCCAUUCUAUGUCUUCCUGAAAUCUUUUGCAGCCUACCUCACUGUUUUUAUCAAGCCCCCUAUUUUUGUGCCAUUGCUGAACUUUGAGGUGAGGUUCCACUGUCUCAUGCAAAUAAUCACCUACGUUAAGAAUGUUCUUGCAUUUACAGCUGUUGGCCAGCUUGGUAGCCUGCUCCUCAGAGAGAGAGAAAGACAUUAACUUCACAUCCAAUGAUGAGGACACCUCUGAAGCUGAUGUUUGAGUGCAGUAAUGAAGGAACACUGGCCAUAAGUGUGCUAGUUUUUGGAUCUAUGUUAAACCGAAGCUCUAAAUUCCCUCUGGAAAUAAAAAGUCCUGCACACUAUCGUUACAACAGUGAUUACACUUUGAAAAAACUUAAUUCACUGUGAAGUGGUUUGGGAUGUUCUGGGCCCUUAAUGGUACUAUACAAAUGCAGCCUUUUUUGGAAAACAGUGGUGAACUCAGCACUGACUUGUGGGUGCACCACUUGCAAUCCAUCUUCUACUGAAGGCCAAUGCAAUAAUUUAGCUCUCACUUCAUUGCUUAAAGGUCGAGUUCGUGAAUCAUGUUUACAAUUUAAAUUUAACCACUCAAUUCCAUUUGAUGUUCUUUUUAUUGGGAGUGAGUGGCUGAUAACUCUGUUGUUCUUGUGAUAAGUGUUGGGUAUGUUUUGUAGCUGGGGACGGCAGCAGAAAAUUGGGAGUGCAAGAAAUGGGAUGCACUGAGGUUCAGACAAGGAGUUGCUCCUUGCAGAAUUCACCCGGUAGAACACUUGACAAACUUCAUCGGCAUCUUCCAAUUGAAUGCAAACCUGCCCCUCAAUCCCUUUUCAAUAAGAAAUGUACCCUGGCCAAAAUCUCCAUGACUGACUCAUUGUGUUAAGCACACAGUUUUUCUACUUGAUAGAUUACUAAUUGCUUCUGCUCAGUUCCAGCUUCAAACUUAAUGCUUUUUAGCUUAGUCACAGAAGCCCAGACAUUGUUGAUGUCCCAGGUCAAGUGGUUCAAGCUGCAAACAGAAGUUAUCAGUUUGGAGAUCUCGGUCACCUGGUUGUUUGCUCAGGUGAAGUUAUCAGGAAAAAAUCUGAUAUUGACCCUCAUUAUUGUAUAUACUUGUUUUAAUGUCCAUUGUUAAUACUCAUGAUAAUAUCUAUAAAAAUGAAAAAUUCUGUAAAAACCACGACUCUGGUGCGUUCUCACUGUGAUUGACCUGAAGUCCCUGAUAAGGUUGCCAUCUCUGGAAAGGCCCAUUCCAGAAUGUCCCAUCCAGUGACCUCCCUCCUCCAACCAUCCCAUGCCCAGCUGUUCAGUGUUCCUGUCAAUGAUGCACAACAUUUGCUGAUCUUCAGUUUUGCUCAUCUUUCACCCUGCCAAUUGGAAAAUGAUAACUCUCAAAAUUGAUUGUUAGUCAAAAAUCAUCUAACCAAUUUCUUGAACCAUUUUUUUAAACUGUUCAUGAGUGUUCCAAACAAAUAGUAAUUAUUUUUAAUGUCUGUGAUUUGCUUGUGGUGUAUUCCUGGAGAUGUUUAAUUCCUAAAGGAAAACCACAGAGAGUUGGUAGCUGUAUUUGCUGUUAACAUGUUUCCAGAUCCUUUUGUUAGAGAGAGAAUGACCGCAUAUAUCUAACUCCUGCUGAGAUUCCCAUUAACCACAGGUGUCACUUAUCAGCCAGUUCACUUCAUGUGGUGAUAAGGCAGAGGCCCCUGGUAGUAUCUCAGCUGUAUUAAUCAGGGCUCACUCCACUAAUGGCUGCACUCUGUCCAAGCACCACAACAACACUGACCAAGUGAUAAUUGUGAGGUAUGUCCUACCAAAAGCAGGAAAAAAUCCAAUUCAGCCAAUCUUGAUCAUUGAGCAGCACAGUGGCUCAGUGGUUAAGCAUUGCUGCCUCACAGUACCAGGGAACUGGGUUUGAUUGCACUGACUGUGUCUGUGUGGGUUUUGUACUUUCUCCCCAUAUCUGCAUGUUUCUUCCAGGUGCUCCAGUUGCCUCCCACAGUCCAAAGAUGUGCAGACUACGUGGGUUAGCCAUGGCAAAUGCAGGGUGACACGAAUAGGGUUUGGGUGGGAGCGUUGGUGUGGUCAUUAACAAGCUGAUUGGCCUGUUUCUAUAAUAUAAUGGUGAUUGCUGACAGUGCUGCCAUUGACAUAUAGUCACCAAUGAGUUGCAGAUCACAGUCAGUUUGGCUUCCAUCAAAAUAAUAUGGUAUCAAAUCUCAUUAUUCACAUGUUGAAAAAAGCUAUAAGCAGAACGUCACGUGGGCUUAGAGUGACAUCAAGGGCAUAUUUGGUCGAGUGUGGCAUCAAGGAGCCCUAGAAAAACUGGAAUCCAAGGGAAGCGGGGCAAACUCUUUGCUGGUUGGUGUUAUACCUGGCUCAGAAGAAGCUGGAUGUGGUUGUUGGAGGUCAGUCAUCUCAGCUCCAUGAUAUCUCUGCACCUGUUCCUCAGGCUAGUGACCUAGGCCCAGUUAUCUUCAGCUGCUUCCAGGCUACACUUGCUUCCAUCAGUAUGGUAGAAUUGGCAUUGUGUGCUAAUCAUUAGAUGAUGUUCAGCACAGUUUGCAGUUCCUGAGAUACUGGAGCAGUUUGUGUAACAACACCUGGAUAAUAGCCAAGCUUCAGUUCUUGUAUGGUGUGUAACAUGCCUGUUGUAGUUGGCAAUGACCAAAUAUUUCUGGCUAGUGACCAGAGUUGUAACUGAUCCAACUACAUAAACACCAUGACUCCAAGAGCAGAUCUGAGAUUGGGAAUUCUGCUGCACUACCUGACUCCCCCAAAGUUUGUCCAAAACCAACAAGGGACCGUCAGGAUAGUGAUGGAGUACUACUCCUCCUCGUUGCCUGAAUGGGUGAAGUUCCAAAAAUAUUCAAGUAACUUGAUUUGACACCAUUCAGCUUUGAGCGUCAGAUUUUAUUGAUGGCACAUUGGUGUGGAGAAAGUGAAUGUCGGAAGUGCUCAAACAGAUGCACAGUUGCAGUAGUGAGUGUGAUUUACAAGAUACACUGCAACUCAUCAAGUUUCCUUCAACAACGUUCCAGACUGACAACCCCAACCAUCCAGAGGGACGAGAGCAGUGGAUGUAUGGGAAGACCGAGUCUGACACUAAGCUGACUUGCAGCUGUAUAUGCAACUGCUCAAACCUACUAACCCCCCCCCCCCCGAUCUGAACGUCCUCCCUAACUUCCCACCUACACUCACCUUUAUUUGCUCCAUCCCCACCUCUUUCACCUGUCUGUAUCCUCUCCACUUAUCUUCUCUAUCCAUCUUCUGUUCACCCCCCCCCUCUAUUUAUUUCAGAACCCCAUUUCUGAAGAAGGGUCUAGGCCAGAAAUGUCAGCUUUUCUGAUGCUGCUUGGUCUGCUGUGAUCAUCCAGCUUCACAUUAUCUCAGAUUCUCCAGCAUCUGCAGUUCCUACUAUCUUUGCAGCUGUGUCACUGUUCCUUUUAGUCUCUCUCACAUACCCUUGCAACUGCAAUCUUAGUGUGGUCAUUUUUGUAAAAAGUUAAAAUGACCCAAACUAUGCUGCCUGUUGCACCUACAUAAAGUUUAAAGGUGAUAUGAAAGUGAAAUAGUUGAUCAUUGAGGCUAGUUACAAACACCAGAAUGGCAUAGACCAACUGGAAAAUUGGGCACAUUAAGGUUACUAGAAAUAUGGGACAAUAAAGUGACUUUGAAAAGUGUUGAACAGAAACAUCUUGGUGUCCAUUAACACACAUCCUUAAAUUGGUGGCGCUUCAAGUUGAUUGAGUGGUUAAGUAAAAACAACACUUGAAUUAUUUGAUUUUGGAACUGAGGAGUGGAAUUCACUGAAACACUCAAGUGUUAGCCAGAGAAUUGUGUACAGUUUUGGACAAUACCCUCUAAAAGGUGUAGAAGCUGUAGACAGGCUACAGAAUGGGGAGAAUUUGUAUUGUUCAUGGAACGGUGAAGGUUAAGACUGCAUCAACAUUUUCAACGUGAUCAAAGGUAUUCUGGUAAGUAGAUCAAUACCUGAGUUCAUUGAGGUAAAAGCAGAGAUGAAACCAAAAUGUUUGGUAGGAAUGGAACACUCAACCUAAAAAUAUGUUGGGAGCUGAUUCCAUCAAUAAUUUCUGAAAAUGAAUUGGACAGACAUUUGAAGACAAAGAUCUUGCAGGGAAAUAAUGUGGGGCUGUGAAGCGAAGCACAAUGGUUCUUUCAAAGACCCAGGACAGGAAAAUGGGUUGAAUGGCCUCCUGUUGCACUGAGUUUAUAUAGUUCUAAUUUUAAUUAACAAAACUUUUCUAAUGAACUGUCCAAAGAUGACUCAGCGGAAUAUUUUCAGGUAAAAGCUGACCUGCAAGUACACUUGAUUAAAAGAGGAACAUUUAAUAUACUACAUUUUUGUUUUAGUAGUGUCAAUCAAAUAAGUAAUGUAAAAUUGAGUUUUUUUUUGACUAAUUUAAGGAGCAAUUUAAAUUUAUUCUAAUAUCUGUUUGUUGAUCUGCAGUCACUGUUUAAAAAAUGCUGAUAUAAUGGGACAGUCAGAUAAUGAGAGUCUCAAGUAAAAGUGAAAUUCUGUGGAUGCUGGAAAUUUUGAAAUAAAAAUAGAAAGUUUGCAUAGAAAUGCAAGUUAAAUCUCUAAUCCCCUUUAUAAACACUCACGUGUACACGCACAUAAUAAAGCAUGGGUGUCAUCGUUGAAGGAGGGAAAACAAAGCAAGUCAGUGGCCUUUGCUCACAGGAUCUGCUGAGAUGGUUCCUGUGCUAAUCGGAGUGCUGUUUGGUGGUUAUCCUCCAGGUGUUUCACCAGUUUGCAAAAUGUACAGAUGUUGAUUCACCCCUAAAAACUUAUUUUUUAAAAAUUAUAGCUGGCAGCAAUUGCUGAAUGAAAAUUACCUUUUUUUGAGGCUUAAAUUAGUUUUUACUGCAGAAACUGGAGAGAGCUCCCGAGCUGCUUGAUGUCUAAAGGCUUCUCUGUAUCUUGUUCACAGUCUCAAGCUGUUCUGCUAUCUGAGAACCAAACCUAAAAGUUCUGGCAGGCAGAAGGCUUUUUCAAUCAUUAGUGAGUCCCUAGUUUACAGACCUCUCGGGUGUUGUUAUUAACCAAGGCUUCGUUUGUGCACAACCCUUUGACGACUGCAAACAAUACUUAAACCACUGCUGGAAACGGCACCUCUGUAAACAUUGUUUCCAACGAGUGUCAGUUUACUUGCUUUCAAGCCAUGCAGUAAUCCAUGGUUACAAAGAUGUUAUUUUCUCAUUUAAGUCCAUAAUUUAUUAUAGAAUAAAAAUAAACUUUAGAAUUUAUCAGUCUUUUAAAAAUGUGCAGAUUUAUAACUAAACAUGUACACACAUCAAGGUACACUUCCCUUCAGUUGCCCUGUACUCCUAUCCAGGAGAGAAACAAUACUUGUUUCUGACCUCAGCCUUUUUCAUCAAAAACGGCUCCAAAAGCUGCUUUCUAACUAAAAUCAAUCCUUAGUCUAAAACAAAAGCAAGCCAAUGCUUUCAAUGCCCCUUUUCUGGGCCCCACACUAUAAAGAGUUUGCCAUUAACUGUGAUACUCUGAUGAAGGGUCUAGGCCCAAAACGUCAGCUGUUGUGCUCCUGAGAUGCUGCUUGGCAUGCUGUGUUCAUCCAGCCUCACACUUUGUUAUCUUGGAUUCUCCAGCAUCUGCAGUUCCCAUUAUCUCUCUCUCUCUCGCCAUUGACUCCAGCAGUUUGCAGUUGCCUGCUCCCUCAUACAUACGGGAUUACAUCACUGUUCCAGAAACUUCUGUCUAUUUGUUUUUAAUUUAACCCAUCAGCAUAGUAACUAAUAGUAAGUUAAUGUCACCGGUGACUCAGGGGUCUGUAGGCCUGCUUUCUCAUUAGAGGGCAAUAAGUGGUGAUGGUUUAAUCAAGCAUUCACUCCACCUCAGAUAGGGGAGAGGUCGAGAAGGUGGGACUUUUGUGGUAAUCUCAGCUGGAUCAGGAACUGAAGUGACAGUGUUGGUAUUACAUUUCAAAUCACAGCCCACAAACAAUAUUUGCAGCUGAGAAACAUCAGAGCCUGGAGAAACCCAAGGGUAGUACAAGCUUGUUGAAGCUAAUUAUCAGUGAAAAGCUGGAGCUGUGCUGACAUUUCGGAGCUGAAAUCAAGAGACAAUAUUAAGGGGAAGAAUUCCAGGAAAGGAGGGUUAACAAUCAGGAAGACCGUGGCAUAGGUACAACUGUGGCCUAUCAAGUCUGCUGUACUCUUCAGUGACAAUAUGACUCAUUUGAAAGUUCAGCUCCACUGCCUUUUUCCCCAUAGCCCUCAAUUGCCUUACUGAUUAAAAAUCUCUCUCUC